AUGGAUCAAGAAUCAAGAAUCUUAGAACCAUUAACAAAUUUUGUUGAAGAAGGUGGAAAUUUUGCAUUAUUAUUAAAUUACCCCAAUGGAAUGAUUAAAUUUCAUUCAAGUGAUGCAUUUAAUUCAUAUAUUGAUGUAUUUAGAAGAGAAUUAAAUCCAAAUUCAUCAACACCAAUACCAAACCCAGAUCAGCAUCAACAACAACAUCAACAACAACAGUCAUCUACUUCAAGAUCAGAUCAAUUCUUAAAUACUUUGAACAGGGCAUUAGAAGAACCAACAUUUGAAUUACAUUUAUCUUCAGAAACUGAAUUACAUAACCAUUUAAGAACAUGUUUCCGUGAAUUACAACAAUUAUCAUGUAAAGCCAUUGCCAAAGCAUGGAUCAAGACAAUUGAGCCCAAAAAGCAAACUCGUUAUCCAUAUAAUAAAGGUGAAUCAACAAAACCACCAUGGUGGCCUUCCAAGAUCCGUCAUUGUGAACCAGAUCAUUUAAUCAAGAGUGAAAGAAUUGAUUUAUUAGUUUCAAUUUCUAGAAAUUCUGAAAAAUCAUUACAAAAAUUAAAAGAAUCAACAAAUAGAAUAUCAUCAUUAAAUGAAUAUAAAUUAAAAAUUCUUGAUGAAAUUUAUUUUGUUGUGGGGAAAUUUUCACAAAAUUCUAAUGAUUCAAUUAUUGUUAGUGAUUUUGAGAAUGGAAUUCGUUCACAUAAAAAAAAAUUAUUUAAACCAAAUCCAAAAAAUCAAUUGAUUGAUCAAAGUUUUUUCUCAAAUAAUAACUCUAUUAAUGAAGAGGAUGAUGAUAGUGAAACUUCAGGUUCAAUAACACCAAAUCAAUUAUCAUUAAUCCCAAAUCCUCCAGCUGAUCAUCAUCAACAAAACCCAAAUUUUUUAUCAUCACCAAUUCAAACAAAUCAUGAAUUUACAAAAUUCAUUUCAGAGAAUUCAACUUCUACUACACAUCCAGAACAAUUCCUAAAUGGAUAUCCAAUUAAUUUAAAUUUCCAAUCACAAGAAUCAGGAACAUCAGGAACAUCUCAAGAUAAUGAUGAACAAUUCUCUCAAGGGAAUUCAAUAGUAAGUGAUUUUUUCAAAUUAAAAAAUUUUAAUAAAAGUAUUGAGACUAAAUUUUUAAAAGAUAGGGAAUACCAAAAGGGAGAAUAUAUGAUUGAUCAUGAGAAUCCAUAUAUUCGUGUUUAA